GCCCCGCUGGCGACACCCAGCGCCGGGCGCGGGCAGGGGGCCCCGGGGCCCGGGCGGCGCGGCCGCGGGCGGGGGUAUAUGGCGGCGGUUCUGUCCGCCCUGGCUGCCAGGCUCUCACAGUCUGCCGCGGCCCGGUCCUACGGGGUGUUCUGCAAGGGGCUGACCAGGACCCUCCUCAUCUUCUUCGACCUGGCCUGGAAGCUCCGCAUCAACUUCCCCUACCUCUACAUCGUCGCCUCCAUGAUGCUCAACGUGCGGCUGCAGGUCCAUAUUGAGAUCCACUGACUUGUGACUUGGUGUGGUGCUUGCACCAUGUGCUGCAACUAGAGACAGUCACGCUCUUCUUCAAGUUCAGCCUGUCGUGAGACAGCAAAGCUGUGCUUGUCUUCUCUAGGACUAUGAAGAAAGAAGACUUACACCAGAAACGAGUUCGUGACAGUGGCCCAGAUCAUGACAAGGCAGCACUUCACCUGACACACGUGCAUUCCAUGUUGAACAGUUCUCAAAAUCCCAGUAGCAGUUUACAGGAGUUAUUUUAUUUUAACACCAGGAAUUGUUCUCUCUUCAACACUAUACCUCUGCUUUCUAUUGGCAAGGAAAUGCCUCCGAGUUGGAGUGAAUCAGCAGGGAGGAACUCGAGUACAACUGCUCCUUGGAAGGAUUCAUUUCAUCUGCAUUUUUCUUCUGGGAAAGACAGUCUCAAUAUUAACAAUAUUUCAGUACCAGGCUGGUUGGAGGAAGCCUGUAGUUUUGCUGGAGACUUUAGCUCAUGCUGUCCAGGAGACAACUUUGUAUGUUUUGCACACUUCUGGUUGGGAAAUUUGCAGUAUAAUAAAAACAAGCAGUUUCUGGAAUUAGAAAUGAGCAGUAGCAAAGAGAAUGAAUUGCAGCUCGCGUUUCUUAAAGAGUUUGGUCUUGGUGGAAUUCCUGAUCUCUGUUCUAUCCCGCUUGCCCCACUGAAUGAAUAUGCUAUGGGACUUCUAAACAAACAGAAACCAUGUUUUUUUCUUUGUUACUUAAACCUUGUAUCUUCAGAGCAAACACUUGGAUACAAGCAAAUGCUUCCAAAUAUACAAUAUGUGACUAAUAAUCUUCGCAUCAUACAGCUAGUAGUUUGUGUGCUAGCUUUUGCACUAGCAGAUCUCUGGUAUGCAGUAGAGAAGGUAAAAAAGUACUAGAUUUUAAUAGUAACUAUUUUUAACAUUAAUAGAAACUUAACUAAAUAACGGAGACAAGGUUACAGUGAGUUUUAGUGAGAAGUAGCUAAAGUAAAAAUUAUACUUGUGUAAUUGCUAGUAAAACUGGCUGUUGUAAAAAUAGGGACUUUUUUUUUUUUUUUUUGUAAGGAAUAUCUGCAUCUGAGUGGAAAGAACUUGUUAAUCUCCAAAGUCUUUGGGACUUCUGCAGGUCUGCCAUUAACACUAGACUAGAACCCAAUCUGAUUGUUUACCACAGAUCCUGUGAUUUCUUUAGGGUUUGUAUUAGCAGAAUAUUCUGGCUGCUAUUUACAACCAUUUCGACUGAAACUGUUUUUGGUAGAAUUGAAUUCCUUCUCUGAAUCCAGCACUAACUAAUGUACCAGUCCUUAAAACACUUUAAACUGGAAAGCUGUUGAGGCGGGUGUGGUGGGCUCCAGCACAGCAUAAUUCUCACCAGUGUUCCUUUUCAAGAAUGGUACUGCUCUAAUUUAAACUAUCUCAUGAGUUUUAUUGCGUGACAAUAGAUACUAUAAGCAACUUUUAAAAAGAAUGUUUUCUUUCCCUGAAAAAGUGAUCGUUAUCACUGAAGCACAGUAAUAAUUUCUAGGCCUGUUGACUUUGGCUUUAGGACAGACUUCUGACAACGGGGUUUGGCAAAGAAUGGAGAAAGAAUGUUGGAAUCAAUAGAGCUGCUUGUGAAUAAGAAUUGCAGGAAUAGGCUCCCAUUGGCAUGUAGUUGGAGAAACUCAUAGUGCAGUGGGUCAGAGUUUGAACUCGGUUUCCAAAAUUCUCAACAAGAGAGUUGGUGUAUGUGGGCUUACCUACAGAGGGAGGGUUUGAUACGGUGAGUAAGGAUGCAUUUUCAGCUCACCCUUCACUCUUGAGUUAAAAGUAAGGACUUAAUGCAGGGUAAAGUCAUGCCAGUGAUUCACACACCAAGUAUCCUUUUUGCUAGCUAGCUUACUUCCUUUUGGAAAGAGAGUAAGUGAUGUUGCAUUUAGUUUGAACUGAAUUCAUCUGGAAAGCCAGUAGAGUUUCUAAUGUGGUGUUUGCACACCCAGAGUCCUUGAUGAUGAAGAUGAGAUGCUGGUUAUGAGUGUUAUGGGAGGAAUGUUGGAAUUUUUUAACCUUAUUUGAGUCCUGAAAGUAAGAUAUGCUACUUCUUAUGUUAAAUGAUAUGUUGUGUUUUAAUUGUCACCAUCAGUUGGCUUUUCUUCUGGAUGUUAGAAGAGAUAAAAAGCCAUUUAUCUUAAUUUAAAAGUAACUUUUUCCCUGGUGUGUACUUUUAUUAACUAACUUCUAGACUUAACCUCAUCAUUACCUGUUGCAAAAUUACCAAAAACCUCAAAAUAAUAAUGGAUUACAUAUUGUAAGUAAUUAUUUUGACCGCAAGUUUCCUCUUAGUCAAGCCACUCAUGCUAUUCACUCCCACCUACACUGCUGCAAAUUAUCAUCCUUGCAGUGGUAUAAACAUGAGUGUUUGUGAAUCAAGAUUGCUGAAGCAAUAUGGAUCUGAAACCCCA